AGUAAACGAGUGCACCCAUUUGGUUUUUGAGCGGCUGCUGCUAACAUAUAUGCUACAUAUUAGUCGCUUGUUGUUUAGCUAGUCCGUCUGAACGUGUAUCGAAGGUUUUUGUAAUAUCUCUCGACCAGGGGUUUAAACUAAUCACAGAUUUAUAAGGGGGCGACAUGAAUAGUCGACUGCAGGAGAUUCGCCAGCGACAGAAGCUUAGGCGGCAGCUUUUAGCUCAACAGCUGGGAGCUGAGAGUGCAGAUAGCAUCGGAGCAGUCCUCAACAGUAAAGACGAACUCAAGGAGAUCGAGGAGACGAGAGAAACAUGCAGGGCUUCAUUUGACAGUUCAGCGCCACCCUCUAAGAGGAAAGUGGAGGGAGAGGACACAGAGGAAGAUGUGGAAGAACAGAAGGAGGAAGUGGAAGUGCAGCAACUGGAUGAAGGCAACCCAUACGAGGAGGUGUACAAGGAUUCCAGUACUUUCCUUAAGGGAACUCAGAGUUUAAACCCUCACAAUGACUACUGUCAGCACUUUGUGGACACAGGUCACAGGCCACAAAACUUCAUCAGAGAUGUCGGCUUGGCUGAUCGAUUUGAAGAAUACCCUAAGCUUCGAGAGUUGAUCAGACUCAAGGAUGAGCUCAUCUCCACCACUAACACCCCUCCUAUGUACCUCCAGGCUGACCCAGAGCACUUUGACCUGCAGGACUUACAGUGCAAGUUCGAUGUUAUUCUGCUUGAACCUCCCUUGGAGGAAUACUACAGAGAAUCAGGCAUCAGCAAUACUGAACGUUGCUGGAACUGGGAUGAUAUCAUGAAACUUGAAAUUGAGGAGAUAUCGGCUCUGCGCUCUUUCGUCUUUCUGUGGUGCGGCUCUGGUGAAGGAUUGGACUUGGGCAGAAUGUGUUUGAGGAAGUGGGGCUUUAGGCGGUGUGAGGAUAUCUGUUGGAUCAAGACUAAUAAGAACAAACCAGGAAAGACCAAGGCACUGGACCCAAAAGCAGUGUUCCAGAGGACCAAGGAACACUGCCUGAUGGGAAUCAAAGGAACCGUGCGCAGGAGCACUGAUGGAGACUUUAUCCACGCCAACGUGGACAUUGACUUGAUCAUCACUGAGGAGCCUGAGAUGGGAAAUGUAGAGAAGCCUGUCGAGAUCUUCCACAUCAUCGAGCACUUCUGUUUGGGCCGCAGAAGGUUGCACCUGUUUGGGCGAGAUUCAACCAUCAGACCAGGCUGGUUGACAGUGGGUCCCACUUUGACAAAUAGUAACUUUAACUCUGAGGCCUACGCCUCACAUUUCGGCUUGCCCAAUUCAAGCCUUUCUGGAUGCACCGAGGAAAUAGAGAGACUGCGGCCCAAAUCUCCCCCUGCCAAGAUGAAGUCAGACCGCGGUGGCGGAGCAGCCAGAGGCGGAAGAGGUGGGCCGAAUGCAGGAAGAGGGGGAGACAGAGGCCGGGAAAGAAAUCGACCAAAUUUCCGUGGGGACAGGGGAGGGUUUAGGGGAAGAGGAGGGCCACACAGGGGAUUCCCUCCUCGCUAGAGCAUUGAGCUCAUGUCAACCAGACGGAUGCUCGGAAUAUCCAUCUGCAUUAGCUCCAAACUUGUACUGCAGUCGAUUUGGUCACCAUGUGACAGCUGAGAACAUAGUGAGUGUCUCUUUGAAACUUUUUGGUCUGUUUAUAUUUUUCAUGGAUAUGCAUUGUAUUAAAUGGCUAUUCUCUGAAUAAACCCUCUUCAAUCUU